UCCUUCACUCGCUCUGAACCAUCGUUAUUUCUAACGAGCGGCAUUUGAAUUAAAGCGUGUAUGGAGUGCCGUUUUUAAUCUGUUUUAUCCUGAUUUUUUUAAUGUCGCUCGUUUUUUAACUUCUCAUCUAAGCUCCUCUACUUUGGCACGCUGGCGUUUCCCUGCUUCGAUGGCUCCUACCUGCCCAGGCAAGAGAGCGAAUUUGUUCAUAAAGUCCUUGAAGAGUUGGAUGCCUUCCAGCAGAGAGAUGAUCAGAAGAGCGUCAUACUCUUCCCACCCUUACCGAGUCGACUGCGGUUUCUGAUCCACAAAACGGCAGAGAAGUUUCCAGAACUGAGCACUUUCUCCGUGGGCGAAGCGUGGAGCCGGAGAGUCGCCGUCUGCUAUGCGGAGCUCAGGUUGCCGGUGGACGAGAGCAGCAGUGAUGCAGACAGGAGCGUGCAUGAGCAGCCGUGCGUGAGCAGCAGAGGGAUGGCGGGAAAAUCACGAUCGGCUCUCAGUAAGGGAAGCAGACGACCGGAUAAAGCCAUUUAUGUCCCCCGUGCUCUGAGACAGUCUGAGUGUGAGACAAGUCUCAGCUCCUCCAGCUGCUCUCUCACCCUCGGCGUCUCUGAGGAGUCCAGUUCUGACAACACAGACCCUCCAGCAGCCAAUCACGAGCCUGGAAACGACAGCGCCGACGAAUCGGUGGGCGAACAGGAUGUGACGGCGCAAAUUGCAGGGGCGGAGCCUGUGGACUGUGAUCAGACUCUGUCUUUCUUCAUGGCCAUGUCUCUGGAGGAGAAAAAGAGCAGCAAAGAUGCAUCAGAAACGAACACGUCCUGUCAGAACACAGAGGAGACGGACGACUACCACCACGAGAUCACAGCUCAUUUGAAGGAAGAAGCAUCAGUCAUAGAAAACACGUGUAACGAUUUCUCCAGCUUCGAGAACGUGUGGCUCGACCACAGCGAGUUUGCCCACGUCAUCGAAAUCUACGACUUCCCAUCGAUGUUCAAAACCAAUGACCUGCUGGAUGCUUUCUCAGACUACAGUGAAGGAGGGAUGAAGAUCAAAUGGGUGGAUAACACUCACGCUCUCGGCAUCUUUUCCAGUGCAUCAGCAGCUCUGCAGGCUCUGUCCAUCAGACACCCGCUGCUGAAGACGAGGAUGCUGUCUAAGGCCAGCAAAAAGUCCAAAAGCAAAGUAGCAAGACGUGCAGAGUUCUUGCAGCCAGUGAAGGAGCGGCCGCGCACCGAUACAGCUGUAGCACGCAGGAUGGUGACCAGUGCUCUGGGCCUGAGAGCUAAACGCUACUGAACACCAAAGAGACACACACACAGAGGCCAUUCGGAAGGGAAAGCAAGAAAGUUUCCGUUUGUUUUUCGAAUCGUCAGCUGUCUUCACUACAGCGAGUUAUUUGACAUUUCCAUGAAAUAAAAUUUCUGUUUUAUUUUAUAAAAGUCCACUUUCCUGAAAGCACACUAUUGUGGUUUCUGAAGUUUGUUCAUUUUAUUGAGACGUGUUUUUAUGUGCCAUUCUCCUGAAAUGUUUUGGUCAUUUCAAACAUUUUCGCAUCCCGUACUGCUUUAAACAGUACAGUACAGUUUCCACAAGAGAUGAGGGCUGAAGGGGGCGUUUGGGUUUUUCAAAAUCUAUUUUUUAGCAACAGGUCGUUAUACAGUGAUUAUUAGCGCAGCCUGAAGGCCUCUGCAUGCUCUUGCGACAAGGCUUUCGCAGACAGUUUUUCGCAGACAGUUGUAAUUUAUCGUUGAGCGGGGAGUAAUAGGCGUGCGCGAUGUUAUUCACCGCCACAACGCAAGGGGGCGCGAAGUCGCGAAAUCGCUAGGAGUAGUUGGUGGGUGUGGUUAGUGGAGUGUUUAUCCUCCGGUUACUUAUAAUGACUAGAACUGGAGUCGUAUAGAUGUACGUACUUCCUCACUUCCUCGAUCAACCGCUGUUCAUGCUGCUCCAUCUUCGCUCGUGUUUUUAAAAAUGGCGGUCGUGAAAACAAAACAAACCGGGAAAGUAGGGAAGCGGAAGUGCGUGUACAGCGGAUGUAGAGUGGACCAAUCGGAGCCCUCUUGUCUGCGACGCUGUCUGCGAGGCUUCUGCGGUGGUCACAAUUUUUGGGAGGUGCGCGCAGAGCGUCUGCGAAGGUGGGGGGCUACACCGUCUGCGAGGACUGCGUUGUCAGCAUAAAUUGGCCUUCAGAGACAUGACCACAGUCUUUUGCACGCUUUUCUGGCCACAAGCUUCAGGAUCUGAAAGGUUGCGGUCUGAUUGGCUAUCUGCACUUCUUUAAAAAAUAAAUAAAUACAUAAACAAGUGUUGCCAGGCAAAACAAACCUCGCCCGGUAGCACUUAGGAUGAAUAUGAAGGAAGAUAUUGCGAAAAAAAAAAAAGGUACCCUAUGGGUCCAUGUGGCUACUGCUUAUAAAUAAAAUAGUUUUCUGAUCCCAUGUCCAUACAGUAAAUAUAGCAUAUACGUAUAUUUACAGUGGCGUGCACAGACAUUUUGGGGGGCAAGUGCUCUGGGGGGAAAAAAGGGCACUUUUUUGUGCAUGUGGAACACAUUAUUAUAAAAGUCUGAGAUUUAACCCUCCUCUUGUGUUCAUAAUAUACACACUCAAUGGGCUCAACGGAGCUCUCCUUUAUUUGCAUAACGGCGUGCAUACUAGCAUAACGUGAUAUUCUUAAUCAUGUUAUAAAAACAGGUCGGAACUGAUGGAGAGUGGGGUUGCCUCAAUGGUUUAGGCUACAUUUAAAAUGUUGUUCAGUUUGUUUCUCCAUAUGGAAAGGGAGCAAAUAAGCUGGCAAAGGCUGCCACGUGCAGUUGUUUCUGUAUGCGACGGGCUACUUCACGACAAAAUAAUUACAGCUUGGGCUUAGAGGGCAAACAAUACAUUUUCACUCGAUUCCUGUGUUACCUGGCUGGUGGGGCAGGGGAAGAGCUGACUCACUGCCCGAUGUGUUGUCUGCGCUACGACAAGGCCGUGGCUUCCAGGACGCUAUGCUGCUGCAACCUCACAUUGAAUGCACUGCACGCUUGUUCACGUGACAGAGCGAGAGAGACAGAGGUCCGGUGUGUGUGCGGAGGGGGCACACAUCGGGACAUUAUUUUCACACACACGCUUUUAAUGCCGCGGCUUUUCUAAAAGAUCAUGUCGACAUUGGCCUCAGUAAACUGUAAAAAAAAAAUUUCAAAAGGGCACUUUUUUGGACAGAGGGCAGAGGGGCAGGUGCUUGAGCACCACCUCGUGUCUAUCUGUGCACGCCACUGUAUAUUUACUCUAUGAGGCAGUAGCCACAAAAAUGAACAAUUUAAAAAUCACAAGUGUCUGUAUAUUAUUCUACUCUUACCUCUUACCGUUUUCGAAACUGAAACCUCCGAACCGAGGCUGACAUACACACGCUGUCACCAUGACUCAAGCUCUUAUUUCCCGGAAAUGGCCCGGCGCUAGAGCUCAGUGGAACGCACUUUCCCUCUGUAAUAAGCAUAAACAUGUCUGAAAGCGAUUUCUUUAGUCCAUUUAUUUCGAAUGAUGAACCGAAUUGUAUACACUCAUCAGCCAUUUUAAUCAGAACACGUGUAUGCGCAUGCGCAGUGUGUGAUCGUUACACUCUUACAUUCUUACAGCACGAUGAUGUAACGGCUAGCGCCUCUACAUGAAGCAGUAGACACAACAAAAACGAUUUUGACCUUUUUGGUGACCUUGACCGGAUGACCCUCAAAAUGUUAGAGGUUCUAUUUGAGACCAAUGUCCAUCUAUCCUGAAAGUGUCAUGAAGAUUGAUCCAGCUGUUUUCCUGUAAUAUCGUUAACAAAACAAACAAACAAACAAGCAAAGAAACCCCACCGAAAACAAUACCUCGCCCCCUGGUGGACUGUCCCGGGCGAGGUAAUGAAUGAACAAACAGUUCAACACUGUGACAUACUGAGCCUUUUUUACUCCUGCUUUUAUUUAGUGUACUCAUUGUUCAGUACAUAAUUUACUUAUUAUUAUUAUUAUUAUUAUUAUUAUUAAUGCACAUAUAUAAUAAUCUCACGGUUCUG